UGCGCACCCCGUGUUAGUGAUGGAGGAGAGAAGAUGGCGGAAGCGGAAUUUAAAGACCACAGUACAGCUAUGGAGAGUGAGCCCAGCUCUGGAACGUCUGUGUCAACAACAGCCAGCAGCACCACCACCACCACCAUCACCACAUCCUCCUCCCGAAUGCAGCAGCCACAGAUCUCUGUCUACAGUGGGUCAGACCGACAUGCUGUCCAGGUAAUUCAGCAGGCCCUGCAUCGGCCCCCCAGCUCGGCAGCUCAGUACCUGCAGCAGAUGUACGCGGCGCAGCAGCAGCACCUCAUGCUGCACACGGCCGCCCUUCAGCAGCAGCAUCUGAGCAGCUCCCAGCUCCAGAGCCUGGCGGCGGUGCAGGCCAGUUUGUCCAGUGGAAGACCAUCUACAUCCCCUACAGGCAGUGUUACACAACAGUCAAGUAUGUCCCAGACAUCUAUCAACCUCUCCACUUCGCCGACACCUGCUCAGCUGAUGAGCCGCUCGCAGGCCUCCAGCUCGACCAGUGGCAGCAUUACCCAGCAGACCAUGCUCCUAGGGAGCACCUCGCCCACCCUCACAGCCAGCCAGGCCCAAAUGUAUCUCCGAGCUCAAAUGCUGAUUUUCACACCUGCUACCACUGUGGCUGCUGUACAGUCUGACAUCCCUGUUGUCUCGUCGUCACCGUCACCUUCCUGUCAGUCUGCAGCUGCUCAGGUUCAGAAUUUAACAUUACGCAGCCAGAAGUUGGGUGUCUUAUCUAGCUCACAGAAUGGCCCACCAAAAAGUGCUGGUCAAACCCAGUCCUUGACAAUUUGCCAUAAUAAAACAACAGUGACCAGUUCUAAAAUCAGCCAACGAGACCCUUCUCCAGAGAGCAAGAAGGGCGGAAGCCCAGGUCUGGAAUCUCGGAGCACAGCCGUCACACGGACAUCAAGCAUUCACCAGUUAAUAGCACCAGCUUCAUAUUCUCCAAUUCAGCCUCAUUCUCUAAUCAAACAUCAACAGAUUCCUCUCCAUUCACCACCUCCUAAAGUUUCCCAUCAUCAGCUGAUAUUACAACAGCAACAACAGCAAAUUCAGCCAAUCACCCUUCAGAGUCCAAGUCAAGAUCCACCCCCAUCCCAGCACUGUAUCCCACUCCCAAACCAUGGCCUUUCUCCGGCUUCCAGUAAUGCCCAGUCACAGCAGCAUUGCUCACCAAUUCAGAGCCAUCACCCGCCUUUAACUGUGUCUCCUAGCCAGGCCCAGUCCGCACAGCAGUCUGUAGUGGUGUCUCCUCCCCCCGCUCACUCCCCAAGCCAGUCUCCUACCAUCAUUAUCCAUCCACAAGCACUUGUCCAGCCGCACCCUCUUGUGUCCUCAGCUCUUCACACAGGGCCACACUUGCAGCAGGCCACUGCUGACCAGGUACAGUCCACAGCACAGCUGAACCUCCCGUCCCAUCUUCCACUUCCAGCAUCCCCCGUAGUACACAUUGGCCCCGUCCAGCAGUCUGCCUUGGUGUCCCCAACAUCACACCAGCAAUAUUCAACCCUACAGUCAUCUCCAAUUCCGAUCGCAACCCCUCCACAGAUGUCGGCAUCUCCUCCAGCCCAGAUCCCACCACUGCCCUUGCAGUCUAUGCAGUCUUUACAAGUGCAGCCUGAAAUUCUAUCCCAGGGCCAGGUUUUGGUGCAGAAUGCUUUGGUGUCAGAAGAGGAGCUGCCUGCUGCAGAAGCUUUGGUCCAGUUGCCAUUUCAGACUCUUCCUCCUCCACAGACCGUUGCGGUAAACCUACAAGUACAGCCGCCGGCACCUGUUGAUCCACCAGUGGUUUAUCAGGUAGAGGAUGUGUGCGAGGAAGAAAGGCCGGAGGAGUCCGACGAGUGUGCACGGAUGGACCGAACACCGCCGCCCCCCACCUUGUCUCCAGCAGCUAUCACUGUGGGGAGAGGAGAGGAUUUGACAUCUGAGCAUCCUUUGUUAGAGCAAGUAGAGUUGCCUGCCGUGGCCUCAGUCAGUGCUUCUGUGAUCAAGUCUCCAUCAGACCCGACCCAUGUCUCUGCUCCUGCACCUCCACUCUUAAUGCCCGCUGCCUCCACAAGGAGCAGCAGCACUUCUCUGGCCAGCAGCACCCCCAGCCUGGAAAACAAGCCUCCGCAGGCCAUCGUGAAGCCACAGAUUCUGACCCACGUUAUAGAAGGUUUUGUGAUUCAGGAGGGGCUGGAGCCGUUUCCUGUGAGUCGUUCAUCUUUGCUGAUAGAACAACCUGUGAAAAAGAGGCCUCUUUUGGAUAAUCAGGUGGUAAAUUCGGUGUGUGUUCAGCCAGAGCUACAGAAUAACACAAAGCAUGCAGAUAACUCGUCCGACACAGAGAUGGAGGACAUGAUUGCUGAAGAGACAUUGGAAGAAAUGGAUAGUGAGUUACUCAAGUGUGAAUUCUGUGGAAAAAUGGGAUAUCCUAAUGAAUUUUUACGAUCAAAACGAUUCUGUACUAUGUCAUGUGCCAAAAGGUACAACGUUAGCUGUUCUAAAAAGUUUGCACUUAGUCGUUGGAAUCGUAAGCCUGAUAAUCAAAGUCUUGGGCAUCGGGGCCGUCGUCCAAGUGGCCCUGAAGGGGCAGCGAGAGAACAUAUCCUUAGGCAGCUUCCAAUUACUUAUCCAUCUGCAGAAGAAGACUUGGCCUCUCGUGAUGAUCCUGUGCCGUCUGCUAUGACGACUCGCCUGCGCAGGCAGAGUGAGCGGGAAAGAGAACGCGAACUUCGCGACGUGAGGAUUAGGAAAAUGCCCGAGAACAGCGACUUGCUCCCAGUCGCACAGACGGAGCCCUCCAUAUGGACGGUUGAUGACGUCUGGGCCUUCAUCCACUCUUUGCCCGGCUGUCAGGACGUUGCCGAUGAGUUCAGGGCACAGGAGAUUGAUGGACAGGCACUGCUCCUGCUAAAAGAAGACCAUCUCAUGAGCACAAUGAACAUGAAGCUGGGCCCAGCCCUGAAGAUCUGUGCACGCAUCAACUCUCUGAAGGACUCCUAACAGCAGCCAGGCUUUGUCUCAGUCCAUUCCUCUUUCUCGGUGAAGGUAAAGCCUGGUGGGGCUGAGAGCAUCGGACUGAUGGGGGAAGGCCAAGUGCAUUGGGACCACCACGGCCAGUGCCAACAUUUCUCUUCAGAUGCCCUAACUCAUCUUAUGUUCUCAUAAUUAGCGACCAUCGGUGGUGUUAAUUUUACCAGUUACAGACUACACUGAAAGACUUGUUACAGAGGCCCAUAUUUUUCAAAGAAACAUGUUAUACUAGAUAAUUUUUUAAAGGUAAUGUUUAUCAUUAAUAUAAAAGAAUCCUUUUAAAAAUAA